CACUUCCGGUUCGUGGUUAUCUGUGUGUGAGCGCGAUUCGGGAAGUUUGAUUCUGUGCAUUUUGUGAGUUGGGGCCGAGUGGCCACAACCGGAGAAUCGUUGCUAGAUUUUACAGACAAGAUGAGGAGAAGCAAAGCGGAGAUUCACAAAUAUAUAGAGAGCGCACAGAAUAGUGCGGCAUCUCCACGGGAGAAAUCUAUGAAGGGGUUUCUUUUUGCAAAACUUUAUUACGAAGCAAAAGAAUAUGACCUAGCUAAAAGAUGUGUUUCUUCAUACAUAAACGUCCAGGAAAGGGAUCCAAAAGCUCACAAAUUCCUUGGACAUCUUUUUGAGAUUGAAGGGAAUGUGGAAAAAGCUGUUGGCUGUUACAAGCGUUCUGUGGAGUUGAACCCCACUCAAAAAGAACUUAUCCUUAAAAUUGCGGAAUUGUUGUGUACUUUAAAUGUCACAGAUGGCAAAGCAAAAUACUGGGUUGAAAGAGCAUCUAAAUUAUUCCCUGGGAGUCCUGCUGUUUUCAGACUUAAGGAAAAGCUCUUAAACCCCCAAGAUGAUGAAGGUUGGAAUCAGUUGUUUGAUUUGAUCCAGUCUGAGCUGUUUGCUCGUCCAGAUGAUGUCUUUGUAAAUAUUAGGCUUGUAGAAUUAUAUAAGCACGGCAAAAGAUUAGAGGAAGCAGUGUCCCAUUGUCUCAAACCGGAGAGAAGAGUUCUUCGUUCAAACUUGGAAUGGUGCACUUGUGUUGUGAAAAUACUAAAGGAAUUUCUCAGUAAUCAUCAAGGAUCUGGAUCAGAUAAGAGCAAAUGGAGAACCCUUAACAAGGAAUUACUGCUUGCCCUUGCAGAUGUUGUUCUUUUAACUCUUUCUUCCAGAGAUGUGCAAGACAGCAAGGAAGCACUUCAAAGUUUUGAUCAAGCGCUCUUCUCAUUGAAAAGACAUGUGAGUGGCACAGAUACCGAUGAUCUGUCUGUGACAUUUGUUGAAAUGAGGGGUCACUACUACAUGCAUGCUGGUACUUUGCUGCUGAAAAUGGCUCAGCAUAAUGAAGCACAGUGGAAAGCUUUGAUAGAGCCUGCUAUUCUUUGCUACUGUUUGGCUUUCAAGGUACCAAGGCCAAAAAUUAAACCAAUAAAGGGAGAGGAUAAUGGACAAGACAUUAUUGAAGGAUUAGCCUUAGACCGUCAGAGCCAAUCAGCUCACUUACUGCUAACCUUGAGUUAUGGCAAACAAGAUUUUAUUAGUGAAGUUAUAGAAACAUUUGCCAACAUAAAUGGGCAGGCCAUCUUGCAGAACUUCUUGUUUGAGGGCCAUUUGUCUAUGGAGAAGUCUUUCAUGGGCAGUGAUGAUAUAAAUGAUAUUGUUCGUGAUCCUCCAGAUAUUAAUUAUGAAGCAAAAGAUUCAACAGAGCUAUGUCGCUAUGACUACGGUGCAAUUCGUUUGCAUUGUGGUAGUCUUCAACAUUUAACCUGGCUUGGCUUACAGUGGCAUUUCAUGGACUCUUUUCCUGCAAUACGAAAGUGGCUUAAGCAGUUGUUUCCUCGUCUACCUCAGGAAACAUCAAGGAUAGAUUCCAAUUCUCCAGAAUCAAUAUGUAUGCUAGAUCUUGAGGUAUUCUUACUUGCUGUUGUGUACACUAGUCAUCUUCAACUGCAAAAUAAUUUUAAUACAUCAAAUGAACAACACCGUCCACGUUGUCUGCCUCUGCCCAUCUGCAAGCAACUAUGUACAGACAGGCAACUUUCCUGGUGGGAUGCAGUGUACAACCUUGUUAAUAAAAAGGCUUUGCCUGGCACAUCUGCAAAACUUCGACUUGUGAUUCAGCAUGGUCUUGGCACUCUGAGAUCCCUGGAAAAACAUGGUCUUCAGCCUGCCCUACUUAUACAUUGGGCGAGAAGUCUCUAUAAAACUGGAAACAGUCUAAAUUCAUUCUAUGACCAAAGGGAGUACAUUGGGCGAUGUGUUCACUACUGGAGGAGAGUUUUACCACUCUUGGAUAUUGUGAAACAGAGGAGGAGUAUACCUGAACCAGUUGAUCCUCUCUUCAGUCACUUUCAUAGCAUAGACGUUAAGGUUUCUGAUGUUAAAGGACUUGAAGAUGAAGCUCAGAUUGCGUUUGCAACACUGGAUCUUGUUGAUGGAAAAAUAGAUGACGCCAUAGUCAUUUUUUAUGAUAUCAAGAAUGUUCUUUCUUAUUGGAAUCUUGCAUUGGCUCAAGAAUUGUAUGCUGGCAUCAGGAACCUGCUGGAGGAGUACGGGAGGAAACUUUGUGAGAGAUUAGAUGCUAUCACCGUUAAAGUGCAAACAGCGCGAGUGAGCAGCAAUACCACAGCUAUGGAACAAGAUUCACCACUGGAGCCGCAGUGUGAUGCAGCACCUAAGGAUCCCCAGCCGCGCUCCCCGGCACUGGUGUUUGAGAGUGCGGGUCCCAAGCUGGAGCCCAGUUUUUUCUCUGCUGCCGCGACUGGAGUGCGGAUCUCGGAGAUCACACAGCAUAACAGUCUGUUCAUUGGGGCAGGCUUUGGAGAGCGCUACAGAGCUCACACAAUGUCCCGCUCGCUUCUUCCUGACUUAAACCCGGCAAACUUUUCACAGCAGGUCGUGUCAACAUCAGGACCUGCUGCUUAUUAUGGUCAAUCACCAGCAUAUAAUUCCCAGCAUCUUCUUAGGCCAGCGGCUAGUAUUACGCCAACCAAGACAUCUAUGUAUGCAAUGAAUAGACUGCCUCCUCAACAACAUAUGUAUGCAUAUCCACAACAGAUGCAUACUCCACCUACUCAGAACACUGCUCCUUGUGUGUUCCCCCAAGAAAUCUAUGCACCUCCCUUGCGUUUUGAAUCUCCAGCAACUGGUAUUUUGUCACCUCACAAUGAGGAGUAUUUCAAUUACAGUGUUCCUCCUACUACCAACCCACAGCUGCCUGAACCAGGUUAUUUCACAAAGCCUUCUAUGGGUCCACAGCAGUCAAAGUCAGAAGGUUCAAAGGUGAUAGAAUUUGGAAAAAGCACCUUGGGACAGUCCUUGCCAACAGAAGGAACAAAAGGGUCCUCUUUCAUGUUGCCGCUACAGUCUACUCCUGCAUCGUCCACUUUUAAAUUUAACUCCAACUUCAAAUCAAAUGAUGGAGAUUUCACUUUUUCUUCUCAUGGAGUAGCCCAACCAAGCACUUACACUUGUAGUGAAAGUCUUUUGGGGCUUUUGACAUCUGACAAACCUGCACAAGAUCAUGGGAAAAAAUCAGCCAGUUUUGAAAACCCUGUAGAUCAGUCUAAUUUGUUCAGGUUUGGAGACAAAGGAAUUUCAAACAAUUUCAACAAUAAAAGCCAAGAUAAGAAUUCUGCAAUGUUUGGUCAAGGUUUCCAAAACACUGGGAAAUCAACUUUACUGCCUACAGCCUUUGUCACUCAAUCUAAAGAAACUAAAGACGUUCAGAACCAGAGUGUUGAGUCUGAUGGAGGAAGUGAGCAUGCUGCUGAUGAUGAUGGACCACACUUUGAACCCAUUAUACCACUGCCAGAAAAAGUUGAAGUGAAAACUGGUGAAGAAGAUGAAGAAGAAAUGUUCUGUAACAGAGCAAAGCUUUUCCGAUUUGAUGCAGAUUCGAAAGAAUGGAAGGAGAGAGGUAUAGGGAAUGUCAAGAUUUUGAGGCAUAGAAUUUCUGGCAAAAUCCGGUUACUAAUGAGACGAGAGCAAGUUCUGAAGAUUUGUGCAAACCAUUAUAUAAAUGCAGAUAUGAAGCUUAAGCCAAUUUUUGGCUCUGAUAAAUCGUAUGUUUGGCAUGCGUUUGACUAUGCUGAUGAGAUGCCUAAACCAGAACAGCUUGCUAUCCGUUUUAAAACUGUAGAUGAAGCAACGCUUUUUAAAGCAAGGUUUGAAGAGGCGCAAAAACUUCUUGGAAUUGUAGAGUCCAGUACUGCAUCAUCUAAACAAGGGACUGAAAAAGAAACCACAAGAUUGGUUUCUAAGGAAUCUGGAAAGACCAAUAGAGCAGCACAAAACUUUGGUUCACCGUUUUUUAUCAAGGAAGGGGAAUGGCGCUGUGAUGUUUGCCUUGUUAAGAAUACGGGGAAUGCGGAGAUGUGUUUAUCUUGUCAAAACCCAAAUCCAAGCAAGAGCAACAACAAAGAAAAAAAUACUGUAAAAGACAUUAAAGCAAACACUCCAGCGAGUACAAUGAGCAAGUCUGCUUCAAUAUUAACCUUCAGUAAGGACACCACGAGUAGCAAGACUGUGUUUGGAGAGUCAUCCAUGAAAAGUAAAGAGCAAUGGGAAUGUACUAAGUGUUCAAAAAAGAAUGAUACAGCUUCCAAAAACUGUGUCUCAUGUCAAAAUACUAUUCUGACUCAAGCACUAUCUGAUGAUUCUUUUCCAGCUACAAAUACCACAUGUUUUAAAAAUGUCUCCACUGUUGAUGGUACAUUUGGGUCUGCAUUUGUAAAGAAAUCUGGUCAGUGGGACUGUAAUGUGUGUUUAGUACGUAAUGAGUCUUCUGCAGUUAAAUGUGUUGCUUGCCAAACUCCAAAUGAAUCUAAUGCUCAAACAGUGACACAAACAGCUUCAUCGUUCAAAUUUGUCUCUCCUGAAAGUGGAUCACAGAAAGAUUUUGGUAGCAUCUUUGUAAAGAAAGGCCAGCAGGAUAGUUACACAAGUUCUCAGGUUACACCAGUUGCUACAGCACCUACAUUUCAGAUAGCAUCUAAAUUCAAGUUUGGAACCAAUGCAGAUAUCAACAAUAAGCAAACUCAAAGCUUAGAAACUUUGUUUGCCAGAAAGGAAGGCCAGUGGGAUUGUAAGACAUGCUGUGUGCGAAAUGAAGCUUCUGCUUUAAAAUGUGUCUCAUGUCACAGCCCCAAUAUGCAGGUUACAGCAAAUGCUACAGUGCCUUCAGUUCAGUCAUCGUCUGGUUUAAAGUUUGGUACCACUGCAGAUCCAAACAAUAAGCAAAGUAAAACAUUGGAAGCUUUUUCUCGAAAGGAAGGCCAGUGGGAUUGUAAUACAUGCUGUGUGCGAAAUGAAGCAUCUGCUUUAAAAUGUGUCUCAUGUCUCAGCCCUAAUACCCAGGUUACAGCAAAUGCUACAGCACAUUCGGUUCAGUCAGCGUCUGGUUUAAAGUUUGGUACCACUGCAGAUCUAAGCAAUAAGCAAAGUAAAACAUUGGAAGCUUUUUCUCGAAAGGAAGGCCAGUGGGAUUGUAAUACAUGCUGUGUGCGAAAUGAAGCAUCUGCUUUAAAAUGUGUCUCAUGUCUCAGCCCUAAUACCCAGGUUACAGCAAAUGCUACAGCACAUUCGGUUCAGUCAGCGUCUGGUUUAAAGUUUGGUACCACUGCAGAUCUAAGCAAUAAGCAAAGUAAAACAUUGGAAGCUUUUUCUCGAAAGGAAGGCCAGUGGGAUUGUAAUACAUGCUGUGUGCGAAAUGAAGCAUCUGCUUUAAAAUGUGUCUCAUGUCUCAGCCCUAAUACCCAGGUUACAGCAAAUGCUACAGCACCUUCUGCUCAAUCAGCGUCUGGUUUAAAGUUUGGUACCACUGCAGAUCUAAGCAAUAAGCAAAGUAAAACAUUUGAAGCUUUUUCUCGAAAGGAUGGACAGUGGGAUUGUAAUGUAUGUCUUGUAAGGAAUGAGAGUUCAGCAAUGACAUGUGCUGCCUGUCAGACACCUAACCCCAAUGGCAUUACAAGCACAACUGCCAGUCAGACAAAGUCUGCCUUUACCUUUGGUCUUAAAAGUAAUACAUCUGAACCUUUUGGACAGCCUUCCACAACAUUUAAGUGUGAUUUUUCUGCAAAAGAUUUUAAAUUUGGCACUACUGAGGAAAAGGCAAAUUUUAGUUUUAAAGCUCCUGCAACUAAUAUAGAAGCAAAGCCUGCAAAAGAGGGCUUUAGCUUUUCAAUGCCUGCUAAUGCUACUUCUUUUAAGUUUGGAAUUCAAGAACCAAAUAAGAGUGAAAACAAAACAAAAGAAACAUUACCUGCUAUGUUAAAUGUUUUGGUGCAAAAAUCUGAGGAUGCUACUGUAAUUGACUGUAGUUCUAAGGCUGUGGAAAACGAGCAAAAGCUAAGCAGUGAUCUAGUUUUUGGGCAGAGCACAAACAUUUUUUCUUUUUCUGACCUGGCACAGACUUCAGCUUCAGAUAGUUUUGCUUUUAGCAAAACUGAUCCUAACUUUAAAGGUUUUACCAGAGCUGGUGAAAAAUUGUUUUCUACCCAAAAUGAGAAACCCACUGAAGCAAAUACGUCUGCUAAUCAAGAGAACACAGAGGAUUUUUACAAAACUGAGGAACGUGAUGACAUACAUUUUGAACCUAUUGUCCAGCUUCCUGAUAAAUUUGAGCUUGUAACCGGGGAAGAAGAUGAGAAAGUACUUUAUUCAGAAAGGGUGAAAUUGUUUCGGUUUGAUGCAGAAAUCAGUCAGUGGAAAGAGCGUGGUGUGGGAAUCUUAAAAAUACUUAAAAAUGAAGUGAAUGGAAGACUUCGAAUGCUAAUGCGUCGAGAACAAGUGCUAAAAGUUUGUGCAAAUCACUGGAUAACCACCACAAUGAAUUUGAAGCCUUUAUCUGGCUCUGAUCGUGCUUGGAUGUGGAUGGCUAGUGAUUUUUCUGAUGGAGAUGCCAAAUUAGAACAGCUGGCAGCAAAAUUUAAAACUCCAGAGCAAGCUGAAACAUUUAAAAACAAAUUUGAGGAAUGUCAGCGUUUGCUUUUGGAUAUACCUUUGCAAACUCCUCAUAAGCUAGUAGACACUGGAAGGACUGCUCACUUGAUACAGAAAGCUGAAGAAAUGAAAUGUGGUUUAAAAGACCUGAAAACGUUUUUAACUGACAAAGUUAAGACAUUGGAUGAAGGUGAUACAAAUGUGAGCAGCUCUGAAAUGGUAAAAAAAACAAAUGCAGAACACACUGAAGCCACAUACGAAUGGGAUACCUAUGACAUGAGAGGUGAUGCUUUAGAAGGUAAUUUGGAUGACUCUGUCUAUGCCUCUCCAAUAACAAGUAGCCCAGAAAAGAAAAAUUUGUUUCGAUUUGGUGAAUCAACCACUGGUUUCAGUUUCAGUUUUGAACCUGUGCUUAGUCCAUCAAAAUCUCCUGCUAAGCUUAAUCAUAGUAGGGUUUCUGUUGGUACUGAUGAAGAGUCUGAUGUGACUCAGGAAGAUGAAAGAGAUGGACAGUAUUUUGAACCUGUUGUACCUCUGCCUGACUUAAUUGAAGUAACAAGUGGUGAAGAAAAUGAGCAGACCCUUUUCUGUCACAGAGCAAAACUUUACAGGUUUGAUAAAGAUAACAAUCAAUGGAAGGAAAGGGGUAUUGGAGACUUAAAAAUUUUACAGAACCUUGACACUAAAGCUGCUAGAGUAGUAAUGAGACGGGAUCAGGUCUUGAAGCUUUGUGCAAAUCAUCGUAUUACACCCAAUCUAAAUUUACAGCCAAUGAAAGGGGCUGAAAGAUCAUGGGUGUGGACUGCACAAGACUAUUCUGAAGCGGAGGGCAAAGUGGAAUGUUUUGCCGUUCGUUUCAAACUUCAGGAGGUUGCCGACUCCUUCAGAGAAUUGUUUGAAGAAGCUAAAGACGCUCAAGCUAAGGACUUAUUGCUUACUCCAGUUUCUUCCCGUGGCACUACUCCUAGAGCUUCACCAUGUGGAAAAGCUGCAAUAGCCAUACUGGAAGAAACAACAAGAGACAAGACAAAUAAAUCACCUGAGGUUGACAUCUCCACAGUUUCCCAAGCAGAGUCGGAUGUAUCUAGUUCAUCAGAGAAAUCUUCUAAAACUCUUGUUUCUCCACCUAAAUUUGUAUUUGGAUCCGAUGUUGUGAAAAAUAUUUUUAGCAGUGAAAAGCCAAAGCCAUUUACUUUUGGCAGCACAUCAUCUUCAGGGACUUUAUUUGGUUUUAACUUCAGCUCUUCAAAGAAUCAAAGCAGUGAAGAGUCAAAACCACCUCCAAAACUUAAGUUGGAUUUCACAUCAACUAGCAAUGCCACUGGAGCCUCUAGUGUUGUACAAACACCUCAGAGUUCAACAAUAUCUUCAUCAGUGACGGAGUCUUCCAUCAUAACACAAGCUGUCCAACCUAGAGGAUUUAAUUUUAAUCUUUUUAAAUCUAAUCCUGCUGCCUUUUGGACGUGUACAUCUCGCCUAAAUCAUGAUGUGGAAGUCAAAGGUAGUGAUAUUGCAGAAACAGAUUCGUCCUCUGAAGUCAUCUUUAUGUAUGAGCUUGUCCCAACUACAGAGCAACGUGCUCUUGCUGAGAAAUUACUUCUGCCUCCAACUUUCUUCUGCUAUAAGAAUAAGCCUGGCUAUGUCAGCGAUGAAAGUGACAUCGAUGAUGAAGAUUUUGAAAUCGCUGUUAAAAAACUGAAUGGGCAGCUUUAUCCAGAAACAGUGGGUUCCAGCCGGAAAUCAAUCAGAGAGGCCGAGAAGGAAUGUGUGAUUAUUUGGGAAAAGACGCCCACGCCAAAAGAGAAAGCAAAAGCAGAUAUCCUUAAGCUGCCACCUACCUUUUUUUGUGGCUUAAGCAGUGACACAGAAGAGGACAAAGAAACCCAAGAAGACUUUGAAUCAGAAGUCAGAAAAGUUAAAGAAGCUGAAGAAUCAAAGAAAACCGAAGUCAGCAGUUCAUCAGAUAUUACUGCAGUGAGUGCAGUUAUUACCUCAAGCAUAUCUCCUCCAAAACUAGAAGAACCCGACUCCACCACAGAUUCAGCCCUGGGACCUGUAGAAGUAUCACCUAAAACUGAAAAUGUAAUGCCGGACUCCACUAGCCAAGGUUUCACAAACAUCAGCUUUUCAUUCGGAAUCGAUUCUGGCUCAGGAUUGUCAUUUGCAGAAUUGGCAUCAAAAAAUUCUGGUGAUUUUGCUUUUGGUUCUAAAGAUACCAAUUUCCAGUGGGCAAACACAGGGGCAGCUGUCUUCAGUGCUCCUUCACAGAACCAAAAAGAGAAUGAGGAUAACGAUGAAGAGGAGGUUCACAAUGAUGAAGUUCACUUUGAGCCCAUUGUUUCCUUACCAGAGGUAGAAGUAAAGUCAGGUGAAGAAGAUGAGGAGAUCCUUUUUAAGGAAAGAACAAAGCUGUAUCGUUGGGACAGAGACUCCAACCAGUGGAAAGAGAGAGGAGUUGGAGAAAUAAAAAUUCUUUUCCAUUGUGAGAAGAAAUAUUACAGAGUUUUAAUGCGAAGAGAACAAGUCUUCAAAGUGUGUGCUAACCACGUCAUCUCAAAAACCAUCAAGCUUAAUCCAUUAAGCACAUCAAGCAAUGCACUGGUCUGGAUAGCCACAGACUAUUCUGAUGGGGAAGGUAGAGUUGAACAAUUUGCAGCCAGAUUCAAAACUCAGGAAUUAGCCGAUUCUUUCCAGAUGAAAUUUGAAGAAUGCCAACAGAAUUUACCAGAUCUACCAGCAGAAUCAUAAACUUGACCUGAUGUCCUGGUUUACAGACAUAUCCAAAUUGUUAUAUUGUCCUGUUAUAACAUGAUUUGAAAUUGUGUAUAUAUCUCUGGCUGUGUACCUUCAGUUUAUAGUAAAACUUUUUAAUGUCCUAAAUUACAUAUUCUUCUGAGUUUAUUCUAUAAUGAAAUUGACAUUUCUAUAUUUAUCAUUCUACUACAUUUUCAGAAGAAAUGCAUCCAGUAAAAAAUAAUUGUUUAGAAAGUAAAAAUAAAAGCCCAAUAUUUAAAGUAAGUUAAAUUUCAAACUCUAGUUUUUCAUAUGUAAUUGAGAAUAAAUAAAACUGCUCACUAGUUUGUUUGUUAAUUAAUAGACUACUACAUUUUUUUUUCUUUUGUGUAUGCAGAACCCUUAUGCACUUAAGCAGGAAAAUAUUUUUAAAUGUUGGUGCUGUAAAUAAAGUUCAGUCAAACCAAUAA